CGGAGAAACGAAAAAUGCGUUGGUGGAUGAAAGAAUUAUACCGAAAAAGAAUGCAGUAUGGAGUGACACUUAUUAGAGAUAUGCAGUUCGAAGUGGUAGAAGACACAAUAAAAAACUUUACAAGAAUGUCGACAGAAGAUUUCCAUUUCUUGAGACACUUGAUAGAGCCGAAGGUAAAAAAAAUGGACACCCGGUUUCGCGAAGCUAUUACAGUGACUGAAAGGCUGACUAUUACUUUGAGAUUUCUUGCCACUGGAGACUCGUAUACAAGCUUGCAGUAUCUGUUUAGAGUUUCAAAGCAAUCUAUAUCUAGGAUAGUCCCAGAAGUUUGUGAUGCUAUCAGUGAGGUUUUAAAAGAUUGGGUAAAGAUCCCCACAUCCGAGGAAGAUUGGUUGGAAAUUGCUCAAGAAUUUCAAGAAAAAUGGGAUUUUCCUCAUGCUAUAGGCGCCAUGGAUGGAAAGCACGUAAUGAUACAAGCACCUGGUAACAGCGGCACGGAAUAUUACAACUACAAACACUUUUUUAGUAUCGUACUGUUCGCUCUCGUAGACGCGGCCUACUGUUUUAGAUACGUUGACAUUGGUUCCCAGGGGAGACUUUCGGACGGGGGGAUUUUUAAACGCACUUCAUUAUACAAGAAACUCGAAGAAAAGUCCAUGAAAAUACCUCAGCCAUCGAUACUUCAAAUACCAUAUACCCUCAGAGUUCCAUAUGUUAUUCUGGCAGACAAAGCAUUUGCACUAAACGAAUACACAAUGAAACCGUUCCAAGGGGAGCCAGAGAGGGGAUCUCUAGAAAGAAUAUUUAACUAUCGUCUGUCAAGAGGACGUAGAGUGGUGGAAAAUGCUUUCGGAAUAGCAAGCUCGGUAUUCAGGGUUUUACGGAAACCUAUGUUACUAUCACCCAAUAAAGCUACAAAAGUAGUUUUAGCUGUUAUACAUUUGCACAAUUUUUUGCGAAAAAGGUCUAGCCAGAAAUACACACCACAUGGAUCUUUAGACACGGAAGCAGAAACUGGCAUCACACCAGGUAGUUGGAGAAAUGAGGGUGAACAUUCAUCAUUACUCGAUCUUACUAACGUACCACGUAGAAGUGGGAAUGACGCAAAGGAAAUACGUUUACAUCUCGCCCAACAUUUUGCAAUUAACGGAGCAAUACCUUGGCAAAAUAGAUACUGAAAAUUAGUAACAUUUACCUGCGAAGCGCUUGUUGUAUCAUUCGAAUUCGACGUAUUAUUACCAUUGUCUGGCAUUGUAUCUAUUGUACUAUUGUACUAUUAGGUGUACAUUUAUCUUGCAUGAAGCUAAAGUCUUCAAAACCAAACCAUUUUGAUAUGUAAAUACUGUCCCGACAAUACUGUGAACAAUCAACCAACAAAAUUUUAAAAAUAUACGUAAAUUUUAAAUUUUUAUUUAUAUCUUCUAACAUUCCUACAAUAGAGUAAAUAGACAACGGAUAAACGUACUUAUAACACUGUUAUUUUAACUGGGCACUUCUAGUUCAAAUAGAUGUUGUGUAAGAUGGCUUGAGAAAAAAUAGGUACCUAGUUAUUAAAGAGAUUGCACAAAAAGAAUUAGAAAUUGUUUGUACAAAUUUCUAAUUCUUUUCAGCCAUCUUACACAACAUCUGUUUGAACUAGAAGUGCCCAGUUAAAAUAACAGUGUUAUAAGUACAUACUAAUAGAUAAAUUACUGGGUGGGAAUCGAACGCACGACCUCACGUUUCACAGCCGACUC